GGAUCCGUCUUUCUUCCAUUAACAGGAGAUUUCCCACGAUCUAGCCUUCGCAAAGACCAGGAGAACCUCGACUUCCGGUUCUGUUUGGCAGCUGAGCUGCCCUUUUCUGCCCCUUAGAGUGGGCUCCCCUAGCCCCAGGCAGCAGAGGUAAAGAUCCGUCCUGUGCAGAGUGUCUUGCCGUCCUCUUGAGAAGUCCAUGUGAAAUCAUGGUGAAAUCUUGCUGUGCAAUAAAAUGCUCCAACAAAUACGUACGUGGAAGCAACAUCUCAUUCCAUAGGUUUCCUCUCCGCAACAAACAGCUGUUGAAGAAAUGGGUGGUGAACAUUCGGCGGCAGAACUUUCAUCCGACACACUCCCAGGUGAUCUGCUCGGAGCACUUUACUGAGGAGGAUUUCAAGAUCAAAGUGGUGGCUUCUGGGAAGCGGCGGAAGCUAAAGCCCAAAGCGGUUCCAACUAUAUUCAGCUUCCCAGAGAGAUUACAGAAGCGCGUUAAACCAAGAAGACCUCUUAUCCGUCAUGUGCCACCAGAUUCUAAACCACCUGGGUCAGCAGAGGCCAAAGCCAGCGCCCUUGAAGAGACAUCCUCCGGGAACUAUGUGAUUGAUCUUGAACAUUCCUACAGUCUUCCCAGAAGCCCCAAAGAGGUUGCAACAAAGCUCAACAGCAUCAUUGAGAGACAGAACAACUACAUCAAGUUACUGAAAACCAAGUUGUACAAUGCGAACCGAAGGAAUGCCAGGCACAGUGCCCAUCAUUGGUGCGAUGACAUUUUGGACAUCGCUUCGGUGUCCGAAUUCUGAAUCGGUCGUGCCUGGCAGUUCGUAACACCUCGCAAGUUAUAAAACUAGCCAGGAUUGUGUUGAACUUCGUUUUCUUAUGUGGUCAACCGAAGAUUUGCUUGGAACAGUGACCCUGCUGUGUUGCAUACAGGUGUCUGCUAUUGAGAAAUGAAAGUGUCAAAUGCCCUGAAAGUGCAUGCCACAAGGUGCAUGCCACAGCACUCCUCUUGUGGGCAGGACAACAAGGUUUGCUUAUGGCUCAGAAGGAUUCUGAUAUUUCUUCUGACCUGGGCCCAGUGAAUUUCACUGGUGCUCAAAGACCUGAUGUGCGCUGGGUCUGUGCUGCUGGGAAAGUGGAGCGUCAGCGUGAGCUUGCUUACUCAGCUGUAAUCCUUACUCUUAAUAAAUUCACAAGGAAUGUUGUAGCAUAUACUGGCUGCCUUGCCGGCAGCGGAGUUGAGGUAGUUGUGUUGAACGCCUUAACAGUUUCCUCUGUUACAGAGACUUUGUUUUCAAAAAUAAUUUUAAACUCUUAUUUUCUAGUUUACACAAUUAAGUUUAACAAAUGACCCCUUAACUUGGACUGUCAACCAGUUAAAGAAAUCUUAACCAAUCAGUCGUGUGGGUUUGAGCAAACUUUCUAUCUUUCUUUUUAGAGGAUGCCUACAUGUGUUAAAAUGGGCUUCAUCUUAGAAGAGGCAUUCCCUCCUGUGUGUGAGAGGAGGAGGAAUGCUUCUUAUAAGAUAGCAUUUGCUGUCAACACAUGUGUUUAAGCAGGCAUUGUUGUAGAGGCAUUCCCCUCAUAUGUGAAAGAAAGGGGAAUGCUUCCUCAGAUAUGGCACUUCCCAUCUGCACUUGUGUAAAUUAGGCAUCAUCUUAAAAGAGGCAUUCUUCACUCUCCAAUAAAAGGGAAUGCCUCCUCCACUGUGGCAUUUCCCACGUGCCAGAUAUGAUCUAAGACAGAUUUUGACAAAUCCCACCAUGGCUCCCUGGUGCCUCAAAAUUUAAUUAAGGUGCUUGGACUAAGAAUGUUCAAAUAUAGAGUUAUUUAAUAAAAUAUUUAUUUCCCCCA